AUGCUGCGGUGCAUGCCGCCGCUUUGGCGCUGCAACCGGCACGUGGAGGCGCUGGACCGGCGGCACUGCUCGCUGCAGGCCGUGCCCGAGGAGAUCUACCGCUACAGCCGUUCGCUGGAGGAGCUGCUGCUGGACGCCAACCAGCUCCGGGAGCUGCCCAAGCCUUUCUUUAGGCUUCUGAACCUGCGCAAGCUGGGUCUGAGUGAUAAUGAAAUCCAGAGACUUCCCCCUGAGGUUGCCAACUUCAUGCAGCUGGUGGAACUGGACAUCUCCCGUAACGACAUUCCAGAAAUUCCUGAAAGCAUCAAAUUCUGCAAAUCCUUGGAAAUCGCAGACUUCAGUGGGAAUCCUCUCUCCAGGCUUCCAGAGGGCUUCACACAGCUUCGGAGCCUGGGCCAUUUGGCCUUGAAUGAUGUGUCCCUGCAGAGCCUCCCCAAUGACAUUGGGAAUUUGGCAAACCUGGUGACUUUGGAGCUACGUGAGAACCUGCUAAAGACUCUCCCCACUUCACUCUCCUUCCUUGUCAAGUUAGAACAGUUGGAUCUUGGUGGCAAUGACCUGGAAGUACUGCCAGAUACUCUGGGAGCGCUACCAAACCUGCGUGAACUUUGGUUAGACCGGAACCAGCUCUCAGCCCUACCUCCAGAGCUGGGCAAUCUCCGCCGCUUGGUCUGUCUGGAUGUGUCGGAGAACAAGCUGGAGCAGUUGCCCAACGAGAUCAGUGGGCUAGUAGCACUGACAGACUUGCUCCUGUCACAGAACCUGUUGGAAUGCAUUCCGGAUGGGAUUGGUCAGCUGAAGCAGCUCUCCAUCCUCAAGGUGGACCAGAAUCGGCUGACAGAGGUGACAGAGUCAAUUGGGGACUGUGAAAAUCUGUCAGAACUCAUCUUGACAGAGAACAUGCUGACAGCCUUACCAAAGUCCCUCGGCAAGCUGGCCAAGCUGACGAACCUUAACGUGGAUCGGAACCGGCUAACAUCCCUUCCAGCUGAGAUUGGAGGCUGUGCCAAUCUGAAUGUGCUGUCCUUGCGAGACAAUCGCCUGGCCCUCCUGCCAUCAGAGCUCGCCAACACCACUGAGCUUCACGUCCUGGAUGUGGCCGGGAACAGACUGCAGAACUUGCCAUUUGCUUUGACAAAUCUUAACCUGAAAGCUCUGUGGCUGGCAGAAAAUCAGUCCCAGCCCAUGCUGAAAUUCCAAACAGAGGAUGAUGAAAAGACAGGAGAAAAAGUUCUUACUUGUUACCUGCUUCCACAGCAGCCCUCUCCUAGCCUAGAGAAUCUUUUGCAGAACAGUGUGGAUGAGAGCUGGACGGACACCAAUUUAAACAGAGUCAGUGUGAUUCAGUUCCUGGAUGAACCCAAAGUAGAUGAUGAAGAGGAGUCAGGAGCUGAGAGACGGGGCUUACAGCGCAGAGCAACCCCUCAUCCCAGUGAACUGAAGGUUAUGAAGAAAGUGAUUGAAGUUCGGCGCAAUGAGGUAUAUGCUGCAAAGCCUGACACGGACCUGAAUUCUCCUAACUCAGAAGAGAAGAGGCUGAGUGCCACGUCAAAUCGCAGCGAGGACUCCCACCUUUCCAACAGCACUGCCUCUGCUGACUUCAGGGGAGAGGAGCAGGGAGAGGAGGCAGAGAGGAAUUGGCCUAAUGGGCAGGUGCCUGAGAUGCAGGAGCUGGAGAAGGAGGCAAAGCCCAGAGCUGAAGAGGAGCAUAAGGAAGCUGCUGACCAAGAGGAGGAAGAUGUGGAAGUGGAAUACAAUGAGCCCACUGUACACUUUGCUGAGGACACACUAAUACGGAGUGAGGAUGAGGAUGAAGAUGAAGAGCGACCAUUCCCAGUGGAGAAACAGAGGCUUAUCCGCAAGGACACGCCCCAUUAUAAGAAACACUUUAAGAUAACUAAACUGCCCAAGCCAGAGGCAGUGGUUGCACUCCUGCAGGGGCUGAACAGUGAUGGCGUCCCCAAAGAGGAAGAGGAGUUAGGAGGCUGCAAUAACAACGCAGAGCCCGAGGACCAGGAGGAAGCGUGGGAUGACGAUGACAGAAAGAAUGGAGCUUUAUCUGCUCAGCCAUCAGUGAAGGGGGUGUCGUUUGAUCAAGCCAAUAAUCUGCUGAUUGAACCUGCUCGCAUUGAGGAGGAAGAGUUGACACUGACUAUCGUGCGGCAGACGGGGGGGCUGGGCAUCAGCAUCGCAGGGGGCAAGGGCUCCACCCCCUAUAAGGGUGAUGAUGAGGGCAUCUUUAUUUCCCGUGUGUCAGAAGAGGGUCCUGCAGCUCGUGCAGGAGUUCGUGUUGGGGACAAACUUCUGGAGGUGAAUGGUGUGUCCCUGCACUGUGCUGAGCAUCACGUGGCAGUGGAAGCUCUGCGUGGAUCGGGAAGCUCUGUCUCCAUGACGGUUCUGCGGGAGCGGAUGGUGGAGCCAGAGAACGCCAUCACUGUCACACCGUUGCGCCCUGAGGAUGACUACAGCCCUCGUGAAAGGCGAGGUGGUCUGCGCUUCCCAGAGCGACCUGAGGGGGCACCUCCCACAGAGAGAUAUUCUACCUGCCUCAUGCGCAAUGAGAAGGGCCUGGGCUUCAGCAUUGCUGGUGGCAAAGGCUCCACACCCUACCGGGCUGGUGACACGGGGAUCUUUAUCUCACGGAUUGCAGAGGGUGGUGCAGCCCAUCGGGACGGGAUCCUGCACAUAGGAGAUCGCGUCAUCUCGAUCAAUGGGGUAGACAUGACAGAAGCCAGGCAUGAUCAGGCAGUAGCGCUGCUUACCGCAUCCUCCCCCACCAUCGUGCUGCUGGUAGAGAGAGAGGGUGCAGAGCAGCUCAGCGAGGGAGACUCACCAGGCGUGCCACGAGUGCACAUGCACUCCCCACCACCGCCUCCCAGCCAUGGGGAGAGCCCACCAGAGGAGAUGCCUUUGCUGCAAAGGAACCAUCUGUCUAAAGGCCUGGAGGAUCAAUAUCCCAUUGAGGAAAUUCACCUUGUAAAAGCAGGUGGUCCCCUGGGACUCAGCAUUGUAGGAGGCAGUGACCAUUCAAGCCACCCGUUUGGGAUUCAUGAACCAGGUGUCUUCAUUUCAAAGGUCAUUCCCCGUGGACUGGCAUCUCGCAGUGGGCUCCGUGUAGGGGACAGGAUCCUGGAGGUAAACAGUAUUGAUCUGCGCCAUGCUACCCACCAGGAAGCAGUGAAUGCCCUGCUCUCCAACACCCAGGAGCUGACUAUGUUAGUAAGGCGAGAUCCGCCACCACCUGGUAUGCAGGAAAUAUGCAUUGAAAAGGCUCCGGGAGAAAAGCUGGGCAUCAGCAUCCGGGGUGGAGCAAAAGGUCAUGCUGGAAAUCCAUUUGAUCCCACUGAUGAAGGCAUCUUCAUUUCUAAGGUGAGCUCCUCUGGGGCUGCGGCCCGGGAUGGCCGUCUAAAGGUGGGAAUGCGGAUCCUGGAGGUGAAUCAUCAGAGUUUGCUGGGAAUGACGCAUACAGAAGCAGUACAGAUACUCCGAAGCGUGGGUGACACGCUCCUUGUAUUAGUGUGCGAUGGCUUUGAUCCCAAGGCUGCAGCUGCCAUUGAGAUGUCCCCAGGAAUUAUUGCAAACCCUUUUGCUGCUGGUAUUGGGCGCAAGAAUAGCCUGGAAAGUAUCUCUUCUAUUGAUCGGGAUUUAAGCCCUGAAGAACUGGAGAUCCUACAGAAGGAGAUGGAAAUGGUGAGAGAAGCAACUCAGUGGGAGAGAGAAGAAAUGGAAAAAGUGGAGUGGAUGCGUAGGGAGCGGGAGGCAGCCACACAGCAACUUGAGGAGGAGGCAGAGAAUAUCACCAGUGAACCUUUGAGACUGGACUAUCGGACCCUGGCUGCUUUGCCCAGCAGUGGCUUACAGAGAGUCAAUCGCACUCUUGUUCAGUAUAAUAAGGCCAGCUCCAGAAUGGAGGGCGACUGCGCUAUGCUGUCUCUGCCAGUGGCACAGGACAGCCGGGAUUCAUACCCAGAAACAGCUGCAGGCCCGAUCAGCGGAAGCGUGGCUGGCCUUCCUCAGGACCCUGCAUCACCUGACAAGUGUACGAGCAGGGCAGAAAAGCCCCAGCUAGACAAGCAGGAUUCCACGGGUUGCCCCUUGUCCCAGGACCAGAUGCCAGAGACGCCAGAGCAAGAGUGUAUGAUCGACUCUCAGCCGAUCCUCUUCAGUGAGAACCCCUUUGUGGUGGCCAACCGCAGGGGGAAAGCAGCAGGCAAGGCUUGCCUGGGGGGCCCGCCCCUGGGCUAUGGCAGGGGGGGAGUGCUGAAGACCAACCUUUACUCCAAGGCUCCUGCCGGCGAGUCUGGGACAGGAAAUUCCAGGCGUGAAACCCCCUAUUCUCCUAGUAAUCAGCAGACGCCUGCAGCCCCUCGGCCUGCUCACCUGUCAGGCAGGGAGACCCGCUUUGCUUCCAUUAACUUCAUUACGUCACAGGAUGACAGUAAAUCAACCAAGCCAGGCGUGAUUCAGCCUCUUUCCCGAGUGCGACAAAAUGCUGCCUCAUCUAAUUCGGAGGACGGGGACAGCCCCAAUCCCUUCCAGCAACCUGAGCUGUGCUUCAAUAUCCAGAACUCUCAAAAGCCACCUUCACCACCGUCUCCUGAUGAGAUCCCCAUCAACGUCAAGCAAGCAUACAAGACCUUUGCAGCAGUGCCCUUGUCACACCCUCUGCUUGAGACACAGGAAUUGCCUGGUCAGACCAGCACAGAGAAUCCCAAAACUGCCCCGGAGGUGGCCACGCACAGCCCCAGUGGAUUGCACAGCCCUGAGCAGAGAUCGUUCCGCGAGAGGCAGAAGUAUUUCGAAAUUGAGGUGAAGCAACAGCAGAUGGAUAAGCCUCCCAAGCGUGUCUCCUUGGUAGGAGAGGAUGACCUGAAGAAAAUGAAAGAAGAGGAAGCUCGAAAACUGCAGCAGAAACGUACCCUUCUGUUGGAGGAAGAGGCAGAAGAGGAUGAGAUGGUAAAACAGGUGCCUGAGAUGAGCAUGCAGUCCAGUGUCAUCAUUGAAGGAGUUGAGUACAAGAUUGAGAGACUAAAUGGGAGAACCAUCCAGGCUCCAGCAACUCGGCCCUCUGAGGUCAAUGAGAAUAACAGCUCACAGAGAAAUUCACUGGAAGAGGGAAUGAAGCCUGAACAGAGAACCAACUCUAUGUCUGGGUUGAGUCCAUUAUAUCUUGGAGCAGGGGAUCCAGUAGCACCUGUGCGGACAGCCAAAGCUGAACGGCGGCACCAGGAGCGGUUGCGAAUGCAGAGUCCUGAGCUUCUGAGUGGUCAAGAGAAGGAGCUUUCUCCAGCAGAACGUCGUGCUCUGGAGGCAGAGAAACGAGCAAUGUGGAGGGCAGCACGAUCCUCAGCUCUUGAAGACAGUAUUAAACAGUACGAGCAGGAUCUGGCCAGGAAGCUGUACCAGUCCCGACAGUGGGCACCUGCUCCCGGGGCCAGGCCAGCUCAGAUGUCUAGUCCAAUGCAGAGUCACGCCUCAAGAAUCCCUGGGUCAGGAAGCCAAUCCAGGAUGAAAUCACUUGAACAGGAUGCUCUUAAAGCCCAAAUGGUUAUUGCCAAGUCUAAGGAGGGGAAAAAACGGAGCACACUGGAGCAGCUGGCAGAGUCACCUUCACCUGUUCCUACCCCAUCACCAACACCACUGGAAGAUUGCAGUUCCAGAAACGUCACUUCACCAGGAAGGCUGUCCAUGUCUGAAAAGAAGUUUGACUACCGGGAAUUUGCUGCUAUUCCUUCCUCCAAACCCGUUUACGAAAUCCAGUCACCUGAUGCAGCUGAUGACUUCAGAUACAUAGAUGACAGAAAUAACUCAGUUCCCCAGGAGCAGGAUGGGCAGCAGCCAGAGGAAGAGGAAAUGUUAAUAACACGUGAUUCAUCAACACCUACUUCAUCAGCACUUGAAGAAAUGGCCCUGUACAGCAGCAAACGCAAACUCCGACACAGCCGGCGCAGUUUGGAGGCUGCUGUCCCUACGUAGAAGAUCUGAUGCACCUGGGCGAUGGAAUAGCCCAGCACAGGGCUUUUGAGCUUCCUGUGCUCCAGGGACAGCACUGGACUGCCCACACUGCUGCCUCCUGGACUCUAGAUGGGAACUGAGCACCCCAGGGAGCAUUGUGGUCAACUAACUUCCUUUAAGGCUGUGAUCCGCCCUCUUUUCUCACCCAGUAAUGCACUGGGGCAUGUCCUAAACAAAAUGGGACAACAGUAGACUUAUUGAUGGCAAAUUGAGAGGAGGUAUGGGUAGGACAGUGGGCAGCUGCAGCUUGUUAGCCUGUAAAUAUUGUGUGUGGGGGAAGGGUAGGACAGGGAGAACAUAGGAGUGUGAGAGUGUGUUGGGCUCCAGCUGUUAUUUCCUCAACUUGGAUUUUUUAGUGGUUAAUAUGGGAGCUUCUACUCUGGUAUGAAUUAGAAGGAAGGUCCAGCCUGCCUUUGCUCCUACUUAAUUUCCAGUCUUUUGCCAAAAAGCAUCUCCUUCCACCUCCCGCACCACGUCACCUCACUUUCUUUUGGGAGCAUGUGGAAAUGGGUAGCUUGGAGGCAAAAAAAAAAAAAAAGAAAAAAAAAAAAAGGAAUUUCAGUGAAGUGCCUCCCUCUGACAUUGACACUUACGUGCUGAAGCAAAGACGACUGCAUAAGCAGGAGCCUGUGCCAGCUCUGUGCCACUUGCCUCUGUGAGCGCAGCAAUCUAUCCCAUGUGGGAAACUGCUCCUGACAGUAUUAUGUGCUAUUCUGGGAGACAGGUACCUACCUGGAUGUACACAUAAUUGUGUGUAUCUCAUGAAUGCAGUGUGAACCACUCUACAAGCACACUGUACUGAGUGUCAGAGGAGGCCAGGUAUCUGUCUUCUGUCAGCACCAUGACUGAAUUGGUGAACUGGGGCAGAAAUGAGAAAGGAGACGAACAGCUGAAGCAAGAGUAUAGCAGUGUGCGUGUGUGACAGCAAUAGAGAGCAGAAUAGUUGGGGAUUAGGAUACGGUGGCAGAGAUAGGAGGUGUAAACAGCAGAUAACAUAGUGGGUUAGGAUUCAGGAAAUGGGGAAGGGUAGGAAGUGGCAUUGCUGGGGUCAGGUUAGGAGUAAUGGGGUCUUACAGGUAGAAGGAUACUAGUGGAUGAGUCCGCUAUGUUGCCCGCUAGCUGUGAAAUGAAAUGUGACGUUACAGGGGUGCCCAGUGUGGGGCUCUCAAGGAGCGCCUGCCAGGCAGGGAGCACAAUGAAGUAGGAUGGGUCUGGCCGAUGCCUUGCAAUAACUACACAAUUCUACUCUUUGCCAACUUGUUGGCUUCAGGCCCCUUUCCAUAUAGAACAGGGAAAACACAUGCUUGCCUGUGCAAGAGGAAAAAAAUUAAAAUGAAAAAGGAGCAGGGGUGCGAUUCCUGGUUUCCAUGAGUGGAACAAGGGCUGUGAACAGAUUCUGUAUCAAGUGAGCUCUGCAGAUGUGGAGGAGACAGAUGCUGCUUAUAGCUCUGAAAUCAGUCUCUGCUGCCCACUACUGAAGUAAAACAUCCCUCUUUUUUUUUUUUUUUAAUGCCUCUAAUAGGGAGAAAGGCAUCUGAGCUUGGCAGUAAUCUGAUCUGUCUACCCUGAUACAUUGGUGCUCUCUGCUGAACCCCUCCAGCAGUAAGACCAGAGUUGGACUUUAAGCCUUUCAGUGACUCAAAGUGGCUUGGGAGCGACAGGCACUUCUGCUUGUAUAUUUGCUGAAUGAAAGAACUGGAUGCAAUUUCUUUUAGUCGAGAAUCUCCCUUCAUGCCAAAAUCCAGUGGAUCAUUCUAACUGACUUCGUAUGUUUUAAUUUUACAGAGCUUUGAAGGGGGAACUCUGAUAAUCUCAAACUGCAGCUAUGGCUGCUUCCAUCAUCAGCAAUUUGGGCUUUUCCUUUUUAAAUCUAAUUUUAGCAUUUGCUUUUUAACAACAGCAAUUUUGGAAACAAUCCUGGAUUGGUUUUGGUGACUAACUUGUGAUUCUUUUUUUUCUUUCCCUUUGCGGUACCUGGUGCCAGGCUCUGGGUUCUCUCCCAUUCUCUCCUGAGAGACUCUGAGGGAAAAUUAGCGCAUCAAGACUGUAACUAGUGAAAUUUGUACAACCAAAGAAAUCUAUUUUGUGGUUCAAGGAUAAUAAAGUUUACUUUACAUUUUAGAACCUUUAGUUAAUGUGGUUUGCCCUGU